UAGAAUGCCCUUUCUCCCGGCCAAUUGUAUUUCUUUCUCUGCUUUUCUCGGGGUACACCUGCCGCGUUUUGUUUUAUAGUGCUCGGAGAAUCCCCUUGAUUGCAACACCAGCCCAACUCCGUCGCCCUUCGCGAGUAUAAAUUUCUCCGCCACUCUCCGAGCUCAACAUUGCUCAGAAGAAACCACCAUGUCUCCGAAACUGCUAUUGUUGGCAAAUUAGGGUUUGCAAAUUAAGUUUUAAUGGCGAACGUCACUGGUUCCGGUCCCGUCGCGGAGAAAGGACCAGUUACGAGGUCUUCGACAGAGUCAUUGUCGAAUAAAGCUGUUGCGAGCGGUUCCGUCACCACCGCCACUCCGAAUCGCAAGUCGGAGUGGCUCGAGAAGCGGACGCCGCCGUCGCUCUCGGCGAGAAUCACGGUGAGAUUCGGUCAGAAGACGCCGAGUCCGUUGCGGAGAUCUGAGAGAACGAAGAACGCUUCUCCUUCUUCUUCUUCGGAUCCUUCGGCUUCAAAAUCCAAGAGUUCGGGUUCGAAGUGCCAUUGCAGUGGGAAACAGUUGGCGUUUGAGGCUAGCGGUGACGAGGAUGAUGAUAAUGAUGAUGACGAGGAUGAGGAAAGUGGCUCGGAAGCUUCAUCGAGACUUAGACCUAAGAGAAUGACUGCGCGCGAGUAUCGUGCUCUCUUUGUUAAACCUAAGAGAGAUUGCAAUGACAAGACAAAUGGGAUGGAUAGGUCAACUGAAGGAGAUUGCCCUGAUAAGACAAAUGGGAUGGAUAGAUCAACUAAAGAAGAUUACCAUGAGAAGACAAAUGGGAUGGAUAGGUCAACUCAAGAAGAUUGCCAUGAGAGGACAAAUGAGAAUGAUAGGUCAACUCUAGAAGAUUGCCAUGAUAAGACAAAUGGGAUUGAUUGGUCAACUCAAGAAGAUUGCCAUGAGAAAUCAAAUGAGGUGGAUAGGUCAGCUCAGGAAGGUGAUGACGGGGGUAGGGACAAGAUUGAUGGGUGCCUUAAAGAGAAUUGUUUUGAUUCUGCCAAGGAUUAUAAGGAUAUUCUGCCACCUGAAGAUGCCAAUGGUAAAGAGAUGAGAGCUGAGCCUAAGUUGAGUGGGCCUUUGAAAGAACUAUUAGAUAAUAAUGUGACUGUAAAUUCAAUUGUAUCAUCUAAUGCUGCAACUUGUGAGCCGCCCAGUGGGGCACCUGAAAGGGUUCAGUCUGAAUCGUGCAAAGAGGAGACAUUGCAGAAGCUAGGGUCAAGGGAUUCUAUAUCAAAUGAAAAUUUGAUUAUGAAAUGUGUAGAGAAUGAUAAAGGUGAAAAAUCGAUAUCUUCCAAGAGAAAAAGAAAUAUGGUGGACAUGCAUGCAAAUGCUUCUGCUAUGUUGGUUGACAAUGACAACAGCAACUUGAUUGAGGAUGCUCACCCAUCAAGAAUAUGUGGCAAUGUUGUGGAGACCAGCGGGUCACGUUCCAAAAGGAUAAGGCAUAUCUCCUUAUCAGAAUCAGAUGUGAAAAGGGAUGGGAGGAAAACGGCCAAUAAUGUUGAUCAGCCUUCUUCAAAAUCUUAUGGUGAUAAUUUAUCUACUAGGAACAAGGAUGGAAAUUCUGGAGGUCCAGUGGACUCAAAGAGACCUCUAGGGGUCACUGUUGAAACUGAGAAAAUACGGAAACAGCAAAGGAGCUUACAUCUUUUACUGAAGCCAGAGAUAGCAAAUCUUUGUGAAAUUCUGCGUCUCCCUGACAAUGUCAAGAGUAUGGUUGAAAAUUGUCUUGAAUAUACUAUGAACAAUUACCAGAUCUGUACAGAACCAGUGUCAAUAUUACAGGCUUUUCAACUAUCUCUGUGUUGGACUGCUGCUUCUUUGCUAAAUCACAAACUUGACUUUGAAGCUUCCCUCAUGCUUGCUAAGCAGAACUUGAAUUUUGACUGCAAGAAAGAAGUAGUGGAUGAAAUCAAUUCAAGGCUCUGGACUCUGAAGGAAAAUUUUUUAAAACUCACAGGAAACUCUAAUGUUGUCAGCUAUCCAAAAGCUUCUGAAUCAUCAAAUGGGGUUUUUUCUUAUAUAGAAGAGACAACAGAGGUUGAAUUAGUAAAAAAUGAUAAUUCUAAAAAUAUUAAAAACUUUCAGAAGCGUAAAAGCCAGUGGAACAAGCUACUUCUGAUGCAACAGGAAGAGAAGCAGAAGUUGAAAAAAGAUAUUGAAAAUGAAAACGAUGAGUUUUGGAGAAGGUACCAAAUACACAGGGCUGCUAUUCAAUUAUGUUCUCCCAAUGAUGUAACGAAAGAGCAAAAGCUCAAGGUUUUCAACACUGAAUACAUGAAAAUAAUUAGAGAAUUGGAAAGGCAGCAUGAAAUACGUCUCAAGGAUCUUGAGGCCAAGCAAUUAAAAACAAGGCUGACAUUCCCAGAGACUUUGGCACUGGAUGAAUUGUUAAACCCUGUUGCUUCAAACGAACCUGGGACUAAGGUUGACCAGACCUGUGAUCAAGCUCAGCAUUCUAAUGCUCCUAAAGCCCUUGUGUCUGAUCAUGUUGCUGAAGGAGAGGGUUUCAAUGAUAUGGUUGAAGUCAUAACAAGGAUUGGAACUGGGAUUGGAUUAUCUGAAGCUCCUGAUGCCAAUGCCUCUGUAGUUGUACCAUGCAGUAGCGCACUUGAACUGCAAACUCCUCUGGUCAAACAUGCUGAUGCUAAUAAUAAAUGCAAUAAUAUUGCUGAAAAUGAAUAUGAUAGUCAAGGAAAUAUUUUCUCUAAGCAUUCCAAUUCCAGAGAACAAUGUUCUGAUGGAGCUAUUAGCCCGCCAGAGGAAGGUGUGUGUGUAAAUUAUAGUUGUGAAUCUCAUGAUUUUGGGCAGGAUGCUAUAACCCGAGUUCUGCCUUCAUGUAAUGAAGAGAUAUGUGAUGGGAAAACAUUAGAUGUUCAAUGUUCUGAUGGAGCUAUUAGCUCACCAGAGGAGGGGGAGUGUGUAAAUUAUUGUUUUGAAUCUCAUGAUUUUGGGCAGGAUGCUAUAACACGAGUUCUUCCUUCAUGUAAUGAAGAGAUAUGUGAUGGGAAAACAUUAGAUGUUCAAUGUUCUGAUGGAGCUAUUAGCUCGCCAGAGGAGGGGGAGUGUGUAAAUUAUAGUUGUGAAUCUCAUGAUUUUGGGCAAGAUGCUAUAACACGAGUUCUGCCUUCAUCUAAUGAAGACAUAUGUGAUGGGAAAACAUUAGAUGUUCCCAGUGGAGAGGUGGCUCCUACAGUGUGUAACACCACCAGUUCAAAUGGUGAUCAUGUUGAAAUUUCUUCUAGGCAAGGGGAACUUGAUGGGACUAUACUGAGCAAUCCUGUUUGUGGUUCAUCAAUAGAAGUUGAGGCUAAUGGUUCCAAUGAUGGUGCAAAGAAUAUGGCCCCCGUGAAUUCUCAAUCAUCUGAAGAAGAUAUCCCAAGUGUAAAUACCAUGUCCACAUCAAAUUGUGAGAAUGCUGCACAAAUCCAUGAGGCUGAUGACAAUAAUGGUUCAAAAAAUGCUGAAACUCUGAACUCAUCUUUGUCUGAUGAAAGAAUUUCCUCAUUGAAUUCAAAAUCACCUCAAGGCCAUGUCCGUAAUGAAAAUGCCAUGUGCAUGCAAAAUUGUGAAAAUUUUGCACAGAGCCUUGAGGAUGAUGACAGCAAUGGUUCAAAUAGUGUCAUUCCAAAUCCACCUUUGAUUGAUGAGAGAAAUGCUGAUAGGACCAUAAUAUUAAAUAGAGAUGCACAUGUGGGAAUGGUUGAGACUGUCAAUUUCACUCCUUCAACAGAGCAAAUAUCUGGAGGUGCAGUAGAUGAAGAUGGCCUCCCCAACCACAUUUCCGAGAAAUCGGUUUUAGAUAGUGUGUUGUCCAGACCACGUGAAGCUUAUAGUCCCCGUGGUAGCUCAGAUGCUGAUUGUAUUAUUCUUUCAAAUCAACCUUCUUUUGAGAAACAAAAUCAUGAUGGAGUCUCAUCAAGCAUACCUGUUGGACAAAUUCCACUUGAAGUGUCAAACACUCGUCAUGAGAGAAUCAGUGUAAAUGUAUUAGAUGGGGAGGAAGCUGUGGGAAGGCCUGCCACAGUCAAUUGUACUGAUUAUCCUGAGAAUGUAAUUGCUCUGAAUUCUUCAUCCAUGGAUCAAAUAUCUAAUGGAGGUCCAUUAUUAGAUGGAGAUUUAUCACCAGGGCCUUGUACUUCUAGCCCAAGCAAUGGUCGGACCCUACCUGAUGAACAAAUUCCUGUCUUGGAGCCAGAAAAUAGCAAUAAAGUGGCUGAAUGUCAAUUAACAGACAGUGUGGUGGUGAAUAAAAAUGCCAUAUCUGACCAGCUGGAAGGAGUAUGUAGAACUAUGACAGAAAACAGUUUAUCCCUGGAGACUCCAGUAUCAAGACCAGUUGAUGAUCUCAUGGAGCCUCUAGAACAAGUGCAUUCAUUAUCAUCUGUAGAGUCUCCACCUGACCCGGAUACUGCUAGAGAAAUGAAGAACACUUUGGUAUCUAGUCCUGUUGAUAUUGUACCAGCUAAUCAAUCCAUUAAUGAUUCACUGGUCAUGGAGCCUCCAGAGCAGGAGGCGCAAUUACCUUCUGCUGGUUUCCUUUCUUCCAACCAGGACCUAUCUAAUUUGCCUUUGGUGACUGGAACUGAAGACCAGCCAUCCAAUGAAGAUGAUCUCCCCAACCACAUUCCUGAGAUGCCAAUUGAGAUUCAAAAUCAAGUUGUGCAACAUGCCUCAAAUUCAGACCGGCAGGAAGGAGUGUGUAGAACCAUGACAGAAAACAGUUUGUCCCUAGAGACUCCAGUAUCUAGACCAGUUGAUGAUCUCAUGGUGCCUCUAGAACAAGUGCAGCCAUUAUCAUCUGUAGAGUCUCCUCCUGAUCGGGAUACUGCUAGAGAAAUGCAGAACAUUUUGGUAUCUAGUUCUGUUGAUAUUGUACCAGCCAAUCAAUCCAUGAAUGAUUCACUGGUCAUGGAGCCUCCAGAGCAGGAGGGGCAAUUACCUUCUGCUGGUAUCCUUUCUUCCAACCAGGACCUAGCUAACUUGCCUUUGGUGACUGGAACUGAAGACCAGCCAUCGAAUGAAGAUGGUCUCCCCAACCACAUUCCCGAGACAUCAAUUGAGAUUCAAAACCAAGCUGUUGUGCAGUGUGCCUCAAAUGUGGAACUUGACUCAUGUUCUCGUCAAGUUGUACAUCCAGCCUCAAAUAUGGACCUUGAUUCACUUCUUCCUGGUGGAGUCAGACUACAGUCUUCAGACACAAGAAAUUUGUCAACUCUCACAGAGAUUAAUAACCAUCCUAUACAACCUGCUAGCCAAUCAGCUUCCAGGAUUAUUCGACAUUUGUGCCUUGAUCCACUUACCAAUGAAUUGGAAAGACUACGAAUACUGACAGAUCAAAAUAUGAAAGAAUAUGAAAACAAGAAAUUGCAGUUGAAAUAUGAUUUUGAGAAGGAACUCGAGGAACUUUACAGGAAGUAUGACAUUAAACGUAAGGAGGUUGAGGUUGAAUUUCAGAAUAUAAGGAAGAACCUGGAUACACAACAUAAUAUAGUUCUUGUAAAUAAGAUAUUGGCUGAGGCUUUCAGGGCUAAAUCCAUGGAUCUUAAAGUAUCUGGUGCUUCAAGAAUGCAGCAAGAUGCAAGUGUUCCACAGCAACUAUUUCAGCUUGCAAGUCAGCAAAAUGCCACUCGGCCCUGUCUGGUCGGUCCAUCAUCUUGUGGGCCUCCUGCAGACAGCAUGCAGAGUUCCUACGCUACAACUACCUCUCAGACUAUGGUAUCACCAAUACAGGCCACUUACAGUACACCAGGAACUUUCUCCAGUGUUUCUCCAAGGGUACCUCAUAUCAACUCCCUUUCUUCACCUUUGGGAAAUGCUCAAACUGCUGGGGAGAUACGUGCCCCUGCACCACAUCUCCAGCCUUAUAGACCCCCAACAUCCAUCCCAGCCUCCAGUCCCUGUACAGUUCCGCAUGGGAGGCCAAGUCAGCCUGCACCUGGUAAUAUUCCUGUAACUUCUCCCCCAUUUUCUCACCGGACACCCUGGUCAAUGCCGGCAAACUUUCAGUCUGUUCCUCAUAGGGGGCAUUGGCUUGUAAGUACAGGUGGGCUAUCCACACCUAAUUUAUCUUCCGUGAAUUCUUGCGCUGAUGCUAACAGUCAACCUGGUAUAAAUCUGCCAAAUGUUCGGCCACAUAUGCCAGAUUUGCCUACAUUGAUGAACUUGAACCUAUCCAAAUUUAGUGGUAAUAGCACACCAGCUAACUCGGCACAUCCAGCUACAUCACCUGAUGUAGUCUGUUUAUCAGAUGAUGAAUGACCAGAGGAAGAAUUUAAAUAUCUUAUGCGUAUUUGUCCCAACACGAGGCAAUUUUCUUUCCCUUCGUUGAGGGGCUUCUAACAAGAAUUAAGUAGGACAGAUAUUGUUCCGGUGGUGGUGAUGGCAGCGGCAGUGCCGGUGCCGUCCUCACCUGUUUUUGUUGUGUUGUAAUUAUUAUUUAUUUUAAAAUGUAUAUUCAGUGUAAUUAGUUGUGUAUGGUUCUCCUCUGGCUUGCAAUGAAUGGAUGUGCUAGUUUGGUGGGGGAGAUGAAUGAGUGUUAGUUGAAAUGAAAGCAUGUUGCUGUUCGUAUCACAUUUUGGAUUU